AUGAAAUUAUUAAUAAAAUGUAUUAUUUUAAAAAAAAAUUUUUUUUUUUUUUCCCUCUUUCAAAUACAGUGGGAAGGUAUUAAAUACAGUGAUGAAAAAAAAAAUACAAAAUUAAUUUUUUUAAUAUAUAUUAAAAUAAUAAUAAUAAAUUAA